CCCUCUCUCUCUCGCUCUCUCUCACUCUCUCUUGAGCGACAAUGCCCGGUGGCUCCAUAUUCCAAAUCAACCUCUCUGGGAUUUUGCCAGUUUUUUAUUUGCUCGCAUCUCUUCCCGUGCUCGCUCGCCUCUCGGCUUCGGCUCAAGUCGGGGAACAGAAAUCGACGGCGGCAGGUCCCAGCCAAGCCCGGAGGGGCAUGAAGACUCUCAUUUUGUUGGACGUGGAGAUCAGGGGUUCGAUUCGGAGCGUCAACGAAAACUUUCUAUCCAUUCAGCUCGACCCGGCGGUGUUGCACAAUGGUUGGAUCGAUUUUUUGAGCUCCAAGAAGCUGGUGACCUUGGCGAGAGGGCUAUCCCCUGCCUUUCUCUGGUUCGGUGGGAAAAGGACGGAUUUUCUGCAGUUCCAGAAUCAUCGAAACCUGGCGAAACACAGGGGAGAACUGGGGCCGGAUUUCUACCUCAAAAACUACGAAGACGACAUUGUUCGAAGCGACAUCGCCAUGGACAAACAGAAGGGUUGUAAAAUUGCGCAGCACCCGGACAUCAUGCUGGAACUGCAGAGAGAGAAAGCGUCACAGAUGCAGAUCGUCCUGAUCAAAGAACAUUUCUCCAACACCUACAGCAACAUCACAAUAACAGCCAGAUCUCUAGACAAACUCUACAACUUUGCCGAGUGCUCGGGCUUGCACCUGAUUUUUGGCCUCAACGCCCUGCAGCGGAAUUCCGACAACUCCUGGAACGGGUCGAGCGGCCUCAGCCUCCUCAAGUACUGCGCCAGCAAGAAGUACAAUAUAUCCUGGGAGCUCGGAAACGAGCCCAACAGCUACCGAUCAAUGGUGGGGAGGACUAUCAACGGGAGCCGGCUUGGGAAGGACUACGUUCAGCUCAAGAACCUGCUUCAGUCCGUCCGGUUCUACACUAAAGCCAGCCUGUACGGGCCCAACAUAGGCCGACCGCGAAGGAACGCAGCGGGACUGCUGGACAGGUUUAUGAAGACAGCAGGAACAGUGAUCAACGCGGUGACAUGGCAACAUUACUACAUAGAUGGGCAAACCGUGAAGGUGACAGACUUCAUGAAAACCCGUCUCCUGGACACCCUCUCCGAACAGAUUGCCAAGGUACAGAGGAUCGUGAACUCUCAUGCCCCAGGGAAAAAAGUUUGGCUGGCAGGAGUUGGCCCGUCAUGGGCUGGAGGGAACUCAAACCUCUCGGAUACCUUUGCAGCGGGAUUUCUCUGGUUAAACACACUGGGAAUGUCGGCCAAACAAGGUAUGGACGUGGUUGUCCGAAAUUCAUUCUUUGACCAUGGAUAUAAUCACCUGGUGGAUCAAAACUUCAACCCACUGCCGGAUUACUGGCUCUCUCUGCUCUACAAACGCUUGGUGGGAAACAAAGUCCUCAUGAUCCAAGUGGCAGGCCUCCAGAGGAGACCUCGGCCGGGACGGGUCAUCCGGGACAAGCUGAGGAUCUACGCCCACUGCACGCAAUCCCGCAACCACAAUUACCUGCGAGGAUCAAUCACCAUAUACAUCAUCAACCUGCACAGAUCCAGGAAGAAAAUCAAGCUGGCUGGAGCGUUGCGGGACAAGACUGUCCACCAGUAUCUCUUCCAACCUCAUGGAGAUCAGGGGCUGUUAGCCAAGUCAGUCCAGUUGAACGGUCGUCCCUUGGUGAUGGAAGACGACGAAACCUUUCCUGAAAUGAAACCAAGAACUCUUCGAGCGGGGAGGAUGGUGGUGAUCCCACCUCUCUCCAUUGGCUUCUACGUGGUAAAGAAUGCAAAUGCGCCCUCCUGCAAGUUUCGGUAGCCGAGCGGCCCAGCGUCCGAGAAGCUGCCUCCGUCUCCUCCAGCGAUGCUCAAAACAAGAAAAGAGAAUUAACAGCGGACUGUUUCCAUCCCUUCCCUCAACGUCAUCUGAAGCCAGGAUCUGGGAAGACUCCUCCAGGUGGACAUCACUGUCUCCCCCCCUCUCUUGUCCCUGUUGUUCAGAGUUGGUUGGUUCCUCUGGUUGAGAUCAACUCUCACCUGAAAGACAGUGGGAUUGUGAUGUUGAUCCAUCCUUCCAAAAUAGGACUAAGGGAAACAUCCCAGAUUCAUGGAUUACAGCUGUAGGAUAUGGGUUACCCAACCAGAUUAAGUUCUAGGGGGUAAAAAAACACUUCAAUCAAGGUCUGUGAUAAUGUCCAUGAUCCCACAUCGAUAAGUUCUCAGGGUCAAGGCAACUUGAACAGACAGUCUUAGUGAUGUGGAAAUAGGCGUUCAAAUGGAGUGGCCCAGUGGUGCAGUUGGUAGCGCCGCCAGAGACCUGUGCCAGAGGCCCAGAGACCCAGGUUCGAUCCUGACCUCGGGUGCUGUCCGCGUGUGGAGUUUGUACGUUCUCCCUAUGGCCAUGUGGGAUUCCUCCGAGUGCUCCGGUUUCCUCUCACAUCCCAAAGAAGUGCAGAUUCAUUGGCUAAUCGGUCUCUGCAAAUUGUCCCUAGAGGGUAGAACGUGGAUACAAAUGUGGAAUAACACAGAACUAGUGUGGAUGGGUGAUCAAUGGUUGGCAUGGACUCAGUGAGCAGAAGGGCUGGUGUAUCAAUCAAUUCAAUCAAAUCUUACUCCAGAGUUUAACACCAAGUCAUUAAUUAAAACUGUUAUUUUUUAGGAAAUUCUGUUAUCAGUAAUGACGACUAUGUCUUCAAAACCCAUCUGGUUCCUUGAUAUAAGACUUUAUAUUAUAGAGUCAUAUGGCAUGGAAACAGGCCCUUCAGCCCAUCUUGUCACACCGGCCAUCAUGUCCCAUCUACACACGUCCCACCUGCCUGCGUUUGGCCCAAAUCUCUCUAAACCUGACCUAUCCAUGUACCUGUCUAAUGUUUUUUAAACAUUUCAAUAGUACCUGCCUCAACUACCUCUUCCAACAGCUUGUUCCAUACACCCACCACCCUUUGUGUGAAAACGUUACCCCUCAGGUUCCUAUUAAAUCUCUCCAACCCC